CUUAAGUGCCUCCACGCUUAACUGCCAUUCCCGCUUAAGUACCUGUAUUUUACUGCUUCGAACAUUUUUUCGAAAAAAUGUAUAGAAACUUCCCCGUUUAGGUACCACUCGGUUAAGUGCCAAUCCCGCUUAGCGGCCACUAAAUUUCGUGCUUCAUUAAAAAAUUUGGUUUAAGUUUUCCCCUCUUAAGUACCAUUUUAAAUUUAAAUUUAUAAAAUCGAAAAAUAUUCUUGUAAAAUCUUAAAAUAUGGCAAUAUGGAUAAGUGCUUUUCUUAUCGAGCAUUUGUAUUAAUCGAUCUUCGCUAUCUAUGUGUCAAAAAUUUUCGCUUUUGUCAUUUGCAUCGUUGUAAGUUUGAAAAAUACAGAAAAAUGCCUAGUAAAACGCGCAAAAUAGUAACUGAUUUGACUAUAAAACAAAAGUUGGAAGCAAUAAAUUUGAUUGAACACGAAGGAAAGCCAAAGGCUGAUGUGGCAAAAAAGUUCAAGGUGGACAUUUCAACCAUCCAUCGAAUAUGGAGGAAGCGCGAAGAAAUUGAGGCGGCUGCCUCGAAAACUAAUUUAAAACGCAAACGAUUGCGUUUUGGUACAUGCGAUAAGGUAGAGGAAGCUUUAUCAAAAUGGUUCAACCAGAUGCAAUCAUUGAAUGCGACAAUUUGUGGAGCUCAAAUUGCACAAAAGGCAAAGGAAUUCGCACUUAAAAUGGGCUGCGACUUUGAGCCAACUGCUGGUUGGAUGUGGCGUUGGCAGCGACGUGAAAAUAUUAAAUUUAAAAAAAUUCAAGGCGAGGCAGCAGAUGCUGAUACUACGGCAGCGGAAAACUACCGCAAUGAAGUUUUAAAUACCUUAAUAAAGGACUACGAGCCAGGCGAUAUAUUUAAUGCGGAUGAAAGCGGUCUUUUUUACAAGGCUCUUCCAAGCGGAACGUUGUGUAAAGGAGAAGACAAGGCGGUGGGCGGUAAGGCACAAAAGGCCCGCCUGACUCUGUUAUUUUUAUGUAAUUCAGAUGGAACCUUCAAAAAAGUUUUUGCAAUUGGAAAGUCGAAAAACCCGAGGUGUUUUAAGGGAAAAGUUGUGCCGCUGCCGUACUAUUCCCAGAACAAAGCUUGGAUGACUGGAUCUUUGUGGUCAAUGAUAAUGAAGGAAUUUGACAAUGAAAUGGGAAAGCAAAAGCGAAAGGUGUUAUUAAUAGUUGACAACGCAGCCUGCCAUAAAAUUGAUGGUUUGAAUGUUGAAAAUGUAAAGAUUACAUUUUUGCCACCAAACACGACAUCACUGUUGCAGCCUCUCGACCAAGGGAUAAUACACUGCUUUAAAGUUUAUUUCAGACAAAUAAUGGUUCGAAAACAAAUACUUGCCAUAGAGAACGGCUUGUCAAUUAAACAAUUUAUAACAUCGAUUUCAAUACUUGAUUCCCUUAAUUUUAUUAAACGGGCGUGGUGGCUUAUUAAAAGCGAUACCAUAAGAAAUUGCUUUCAAAAAGCCGGAUCUCAAGUAGAAGAUAUUUCGUUCGACCCUAUCGAGGAAAUAGUAGAUGUCCCUAUUGAAAUACAUAACUUUGAUGAAUAUGUUGCGUGCGACAGUGACAUUGAUUGCUUUGGUGUUCUUACUGAUGAGGAAAUAGUAAAAGAUGUAUUAAAUGAGGCUAAUGUUGAAUCAUCAGAAGAAUCUGCAGUUGAUGCCGUAACUGACCCGCCUUCCUUUGCUGAAACUUUAAGUGCUCUUAGCCUUAUUAAGAAGUUUGUAGAUUACAACAAUAUUGACGCCGACGAAAUUGAAACUUUGGAAGAAAAGCUUUUCAAAAAGAAAUUUCAAAAUCUUUGUCAGAAAAAAAUUACUGAUUUCCUUUUUUAAAUUGAAGCGAAACUACUUUAUUACAUAUAAAUAAGUAGAUAAGU